UGACGCCAUAUUGCUGGUGCGGGGGUUACGGCCGGGAGCGCCAUCACCGCCGCCAUCGCCGCCGCCCGGGCCCUGCCAUCGCCAUCGCCCUGCAUCGGCCGCCCCGCACCGCGCACCUGGGACCGGCACCGCGUCUCUCGGCACUGCUCGUGUCCCGCCACCGGCCGCGGGCGGAAUUUGUCCCGGCCGGGCAGGGCGGAGCGGGCGAGGAGAGCAGAAAUCCAGCUGGACUAAACCGGGGUUGCUGCUGCCGCUGCCGGGGCCGGUCCCUAGAGAGAGGCCGGCGGGGAGGCGGCGGAGGCGGCCCUGACGCAGCCGCCCCCUCCUUUCCCUUCCCUCCCCCCCAGCCCACUCCAGACAGCGGGGAAGACGCCUCUGGGCAGGGCCGGCUGCUGCUGUCUCCACCGCUGCCCCUCGCUCCGAGCCCCCUUGGCCGCUCCGCGCCAUGGCUUGCGGCGCCACUUUGAAAAGGACUCUGGAUUUCGACCCGCUGCUGAGCCCGGCGUCCCCGAAGCGAAGGCGAUGUGCGCCAUUGUCAGCCCCGGCCUCAGCCGCCUCCUCCUCCUUCGCCGCCGCUGCCUCCUCCCCGCAGAAAUACCUGCGCAUGGAGCCCUCGCCCUUCGGAGAGGUGUCGUCCCGGCUCACCACAGAACAAAUUCUGUACAACAUAAAACAGGAGUACAAACGCAUGCAGAAGAGAAGACAUUUAGAAAAUAGCUUCCAGCAGACAGAUCCUUGUUGUUCUACUGAUGCACAGCCACAUGCAUUUCUCCUCACUGGACCAGCUUUGCCAGGUACUUCAUCUGCAGCAUCAUCACCAUUGAAAAAAGAACAGCCCUUGUUUACUCUCAGACAAGUUGGAAUGAUCUGUGAACGUUUGCUGAAAGAACGUGAAGAGAAAAUCCGUGAAGAGUAUGAAGAAAUUUUGACCACAAAACUUGCAGAACAAUAUGACGCAUUUGUGAAGUUCACGCAUGAUCAGAUCAUGCGACGAUAUGGAGAACAGCCUGCCAGUUAUGUUUCAUGAAUCACACUUUCUGCAUAUGUGGGCUGCCCUAUACACCCUGUUUUAUUGUUGCAAGCUGUCCCAGUAAAGACUUGCAGCAAUGCCAUAUUUUUUCCCCCCUGUGAACACAGGUUAUUUCAAGCUUUUGUCAGUGGCAACCACUCUUAUGCAGCAACUGGUUUUGGAGUGCUCCCUGAUGUCAGUACCACCUGGAUGUGGACCUUUGCUACCUGUAAUAAUACCAGUGGCCUCAUUUGCUGUAUCAUUACGAUUUGGCUUCUUAUGUUAAUAAGUUUGAAAAAGUAAAGGAUUAAAGCUGGUGUUCUAGAAGUUGCCCUUCACUGGUUGUGUAAAUAAAAAUGUAGAAUGACACUUCUGACUGAAGUUAGUGUGGUUUUCAUAACUGUGCACUACAACAGAGCUGUAAUCACAGUUAAGUUAGAAUGUAAUCCCAGGACAAUUUUAAGCAAAUAGCCCACAGUACUGCCUGUGAAAUAGUGAAGGAGGGCAUUUCUGUAUUCCAUGACUUUUUUGGGGGUUAAGAAUGGGUUUAUAUGAUUUCUCAUUUUUGUAGUUUUUAUUUAUUCUAUCAGUCUUUAACAAAUGUUUAUUGCUGCAAUUUUUCAGUGUAUCAUUGUUUUACUGCCCUUGUAGUACUGGAAUUUAGUUGGAAGAAUAAAACAUUUACUUCUAAUCUGUUUGUUUUUAAUAUGCAGGUGGAACUUUUGCUGUGUAUGAAUAAACUUAAAUCUGAGUGUUUAAAUGAAAAUUUUAUUUACUAGCAAUAGUGGGUGGGUCAGUUUUAGAUCAGGAGAAGGAGGUGAAGUAAAAUCUCAGGUCAUUCUUCAGAGACAGAAAUCUUUCUUACAUCAGCUGUAGUGUUUCGUGUUGAGGAAGCUUGUUUGGUACAGAAGGGACAGAAAACUGGUGAUGUAACUUGCUGCAGCUGACUCAAACAGCAGCUGCACUUGCCUUCCUUCAGAUUUCAGUGACACAUUAAAGGAAAUCUGUUCAUGAGACAGAGCAGGUGCAUGUACGGCAAACUGGAACAGUGUAGCUAUUGCAAGAGCUGAGGGUGUGUAAUGCCUGUUAAGGGUUGAGAGCCUUGUUGGAUGCAUUCAGCUGUUGACAGACUGCUGUGUUGGUGCUGCUGUCUGGCCAGUGCUGGGUAUCUGAAUCACUGCAAAUUUCCUACAUGGCAAGUCUAGAUCUGUGUGUUGUGAGGUGGGAGUAUUGCUACCAAAGGCCUUCAGUUACCUGCUCUGGGGACAAGAAAGCAGUUCCCAAAAUAAUAAUUUAAUUAUAAACUGCUGUCUUCUCUAAUUUACUGUCAGCUUCUGGUUAAAGGGAAGUCUGCUCUGUGAUAGAUCUGUGUCCCAUCUCAGAUUAACAGAGGAAUUUGAGUUGAAGCUGGUACAUGAACUUGGCAGUUGGCUCGUGCGUACUUACGGUAUCAGAGAAACCUUGUGAUGAGCUCUACUUCUCGGUGAACUCUUCCACUUAGGAGUGAGAUUGAAGGUUCAGAAUUGGAACAUUGCCACAGUAUCAAGUAUUUUCUGCUCACUUCCCUGAAACCUGUCUUGCCUAUAUAUUUGGAUUAUCUCUAUUUUCAGAAUCCCAGAAAUGAGAAAUCUCUGCUAGACUCCCCUCUCAGGUCUUUUGUCACUGAAGAUAAAACUGUCAAGGGCUGUAAUUUCUGUUGUCUGCCUUGAAGUCCUCAGUCCCUCUCCUUCCUGCUCCUUACUUUUUGACCUCCUUUUAUUAAGUUGCCCAAGCUAGGAAAAUCACUGCUGCUAGGUGGAGCACCAUGCAAAUUCUGGCAUCCUCAUGCAUCUCAUGUAUUUUUUGUGUUCUUACUUUUCUUGGGAUAUUAAGAUUUACAAAUAAGAAGUGAUGUCAUGCUAGUACCCAGCCACUCCUGUACUGCUCCAAAUUGAUGCCUAAUAAGCAGUCUUGUGGCAGAUGAAAAGCAUGGCACCGUGGGUGCUGAUGUAUCACAGCUGUGGUAUGCUUAAUUUGUGCCUGUUUUGGAAAUGAGGUUGCAUUCUUUGAAAUGUUUCAUUUUUUAACCUGCUGCUUGUUCUAUCUUGGACUUCAAACUGGCUCCUUUUCUUAAUCUCAGUGCCAGUAUCUAGUGUGAUGAAUCGCACAUGAAAGACUUGUUCUAACAAGAGUCCUACUCUUCCAGUAGGAAAAUGGCUGGCAGCUUGAUGGCUUUGAAAGAACUGGGGAAAUUGGGGUACUGUGAGGAGCCAGCUGGUGCUUGAAAACCAACCUGCUUUGCAGAACCUUUUCAUAGGCUCUUGAGUUACGGAGAAAUGGGUACAGUUCAGUAACCACGCAGUUCUUGGCACUACACUUUGUGGUGGCCACAUGUAGAAUAUUUCUGUUACUUGUAUGUAACUGCAGUCUUACCCAAAAGCCAAGCAGGCUGAGAACAGUUAAUUGGAACUUAACAGAGUGAAACCAAAGAUCUUGGUUAACCUGUUUUUAAGGUAGUGAUGUAUUUCUUUCCAAGCAGAUCUCAGUUACUGUGUACUUGAAAAGCAGCAUGUACGUCCUGUGUGUUGAUUUUUGUGUCUAGAUGUGAGACCCUAAGAUGAUUCAGCAAUUUUCAAGGUUGCAAAGGAAGGAGAUUCAAGCAAUCUUUAUGUGCUGAUGUUUGAGAUUUGCCUGUGUGCACUUGAACAGCAUGACCAGUCACAGAUUCUGCUUAAAAAACUCUGUUUUGUGAAAGCUCUCUUUGUUCCCGAGUUGGGAAUUGGGAAGGAUUUAAGCUUUCUGACUCCACAGUGGGGAGAAAAAAUGGAGGCUGGUAAAGCAUUAAAAGUUUAUGCUCUUGUUAACCAGUGCUUGUGACAUUUGUAUUGGAAGUCAUUCUCAGUGAUGAAAUGACUUUUACAGGCACUUGGGCUGUUCCUAUAGUUUAUUGCUGUUGUAGGCUUCAGGAUAAAGAAAAACUACAAAGUUUGUGUUUGAAACCAGUAGUGCAGUAGUGUAAAGAAGUGUCAAAGAACAGCAUCUGUAACAGUAGAGAAAAAGGGUUGGAAAAUUAUUUUCAUGAGUGUUAACUUGCAUUCAGGUCUGAUUUUUGGCAGUAGUUCUGUUGAAAGAUGUGGCUACCUAAGAAUAUGAUACAGUUAGUUCAGAGGUGAGGCUUUACACUAGACUUUCAGAACUACUACAGAUAUUAGCACUUUGGGGUGUUUUUGUCCUGUUUUCUUUAAGUGAACAUUGCAGACAGUGAAGAUUUUUUGGAAUGUCUGCAAAACAUGUAAUUACUAUGCAGACAGUUGUAGAAACUAAUUUUUAAUUUUCCAGUUGGAAUUUGUUUCAGCUAAGGUAUAUGAGGGUGUCUCAGUUGUUACUGAUGUUGGUUCCAGAGUAAGUGAUGUUAAGCUCUUUCCAGGAAAGUAGGACUGAUUGCAAAGUCCAGCUUCUGAAGAAAGAAAGGUGGACUAAAUUAAAUUUAUGACCAGUUUAGUUUGUGUUUUUAACUGUUCAACCUUCUUACCCUCCUUGCUGAAGAAAAUGAAGCGCCAAGUACAGAUUUGAUCUGAGAAACCGUAUGUAGCACAGCAAAUGUGACUUUAACCGUACAAAUCUGUUAUUAGUUUAAGGGAAGAAACAGCCAUUAACUAUUAAUUUUACUGUUUUAAUGUCAUGUUGCCUGCACAUUUGGGGAUUAAAGGCCACACACUGUU